GGGAACGUUUUUGAGGAGGCGAGGCCACGGAUGCUGCAGACGCACUCUGCAAACGGGAGACCAACCGAGAGAAAGGAGAGCUGCAAGGAGCGACCGAUUCAAGAUUCACUGCCAAGAGUAUCACUUACAGCCGCUGUAAACCGAGAAGACGUUAACUGAACGGAGGAAUCAUGUCUAAAGGACCAGCUGUGGGCAUCGACCUGGGCACUACCUACUCUUGCGUAGGAGUGUUUCAGCACGGCAAAGUUGAGAUCAUUGCCAACGACCAGGGAAACAGGACCACGCCCAGUUAUGUUGCCUUCACUGACACCGAGAGGCUGAUCGGAGACGCAGCCAAGAACCAGGUGGCCCUGAACCCCAACAACACUGUAUUUGAUGCAAAGCGUCUUAUUGGGCGUCGUUUUGAUGACAGCGUUGUGCAGUCUGACAUGAAACACUGGCCCUUCACCGUAAUCAAUGAUAACACUCGUCCCAAAGUAAAAGUGGAGUACAAAGGAGAGACCAAGACUUUCUACCCAGAGGAGAUCUCCUCCAUGGUGCUGAUCAAAAUGAAGGAGAUCGCAGAGGCUUACCUUGGCAAGACUGUAACUAAUGCUGUGGUGACUGUUCCUGCCUACUUCAACGACUCCCAGCGCCAGGCGACCAAAGACGCAGGAACGAUUUCUGGCCUUAAUGUUCUGCGUAUUAUCAACGAGCCCACUGCUGCUGCCAUUGCUUACGGCUUGGACAAGAAGGUGGGAUCUGAGCGACACGUGCUCAUCUUUGACCUGGGCGGCGGCACGUUCGAUGUCUCCAUCUUGAGCAUCGAGGACGGCAUCUUUGAAGUGAAGUCCACGGCAGGCGACACGCACUUGGGCGGCGAGGACUUCGACAACCGCAUGGUGAACCACUUCAUUGCAGAGUUCAAACGAAAGUACAAGAAGGACAUCAGCGCCAACAAGAGGGCGGUGCGGCGUCUGCGCACAGCCUGCGAGCGAGCCAAGCGCACGCUGUCGUCCAGCACUCAGGCCAGCAUCGAGAUCGACUCCCUGUACGAGGGCAUCGACUUCUACACCUCCAUCACCAGGGCCCGCUUCGAGGAGCUGAACGCUGACCUGUUCAGAGGAACUCUCGAACCUGUGGAGAAGGCGCUCAAUGAUGCUAAGAUGGACAAGGGUCAAAUCCACGACAUCGUCCUGGUGGGAGGGUCAACUCGCAUUCCUAAAAUCCAGAAACUGCUGCAGGACUUCUUCAACGGAAAGGACCUGAAUAAGAGCAUCAAUCCUGACGAGGCUGUGGCUUACGGUGCAGCCGUCCAGGCAGCCAUCUUGUGCGGCGACAAGUCCGAGAACGUUCAGGACCUGCUGCUGCUGGAUGUGACCCCUCUGUCUCUGGGCAUCGAGACCGCAGGUGGAGUCAUGACCGUGCUCAUCAAGAGGAACACCACCAUCCCCACAAAACAAACGCAGACCUUCACCACCUACUCUGACAACCAGCCUGGUGUCCUCAUCCAGGUGUUUGAGGGUGAAAGAGCCAUGACCAAAGACAACAACCUGCUGGGGAAGUUUGACCUGACUGGAAUCCCACCAGCUCCUCGAGGAGUUCCUCAAAUCGAGGUGACCUUCGAUAUCGACGCCAACGGCAUCAUGAACGUGUCCGCGGUCGACAAGAGCACUGGGAAAGAGAACAAAAUCACAAUCACCAAUGACAAAGGUCGCCUGAGCAAGGAGGACAUUGAGCGAAUGGUCCAGGAGGCAGAGAAGUACAAAUCUGAGGAUGACGUGCAGAGAGAGAGGGUGUCUGCCAAGAACAGUCUGGAGUCCUACGCCUUCAACAUGAAGUCCACUGUGGAGGACGAGAAACUGAAGGACAAGAUCAGCGAGGAGGACAAGCACAAGAUUCUGGACAAAUGUAACGAGGUCAUCAGCUGGCUGGACAGAAAUCAGUCUGCAGAGAAGGAGGAGUUUGAGCACCAGCAGAAGGAGCUGGAGAAGGUGUGUAACCCAGUCAUGACCAAGUUGUACCAAAGUCCUGGAGGGAUGCCCGGAGGGAUGCCCAGCGGUUUCCACGGCGCUGGUGCUGCUCCUGGAUCAGGAGGAUCCUCUGGUCCCACCAUCGAGGAAGUGGACUGAGCUAAAGAAUGUGUUUGAUCUUUUUGUUGUUUGUAUAUUUUUGCCAAGGCGUGUUUCCUGAAUGGUUAAACAGUAACUGCAGUUCUCUUUGCCAACCAUUUCUGUGGCAACUGUUCAGACGUGUUCACUUCACCGCAGUAUUUUUUAAAUUUAUUCUGUUCUGUCUAAUGCACAAUACCUCAAUAAAAGAUUAUCUUU